AUGUCAUCAUUAGCAUCCCCGCCAGCUGAAACAUAUGAAUGUGGUGAGGCUUUUCAGAUAUUAAAUUCUACAGAUAUUACAGUUAGGAUCUUGGGCUCUUGUAAUGGCUUACUUUGCGUAUACAGUACUAGCUCUGAUGAUAAUGUUUAUGUCAUUACCAUUUGGAAUCCAUCUUCUAAUGAGUACAAGCAAUUACCUAGGCCAUCAAAAAAGGCACAGUAUGACAUCGAUUAUUAUGGGUUCGGUUAUGAUUACAGGAAUGACGAUUACAAGGUUGUAAGAGCAAUUGCAGUGGUGCGAUCGUCCAUUGUGGACGCUCCAAGAAUCGUGGACUAUUUUCUGGAAACCCGUGCUAAAUCUGAUGUUGAAGUCUAUUCAUUGCGCUCGGAUUCAUGGAAAAACAUUGAUGCUAUACCCUAUUGUUUUCCUAGUGCUCAAAAUUGUGGGGUGAUUGUGAAUGGAGCUAUUCACUGGAUAGGAGUUGGGAUUGACCACAGAAGGGACACCAUAGUAGCUUUUGAUAUUAGUGAAGAGACAUUCAAGGACUUUGGAAUAUUAGAAGGGCCUAUGAUACAACCACCAGAAAUUUAUGAUGAGGAUAAUAAUAAUAACUUGGGUGUCUUAGGAGGUUGCUUUGUUUACACUACAAAGAAUUUGAAGUUCGUUUUGAUGUAUGGGUGA